UUUACGUUGACUGUCGUCGAACAACCGAGGAGUUGUCGCGCCACAGGAUUCAGCAACAGCAGCGACAGACGACCUAUCGAUCCAACUCCUAUUGUCCACCUUUUGGUAACGGAACAGGACCAGCGGAUGGAUGAAGAGUCGCUUCAAAAUCCAUUCUUUGUUCUUCAUGCGUCCUUAUACUCUGCUGAUAUGAGCCAACAAUGCGAUCAACCACGACUUGAACGGGCUCUCCUAGGACCUCUAGUCAGCUCUGCCUCGACGUACAAAGGGCUUGAUCAACGACCUGGGAUAUACUUUGCCUUUCCUGGCCUAUCCGUUCGGGUCUCAGGCACAUACCGAUUACACUUUAGCUUGAUGGCACUUGGAAGGUUCGCUAAGCAGAAACAUUCAACAAGUAGUACACGCCAAAAUUAA